CGUAUCAGAUGGGGAUGUUAGGACUGCGAAUCACACUGGCCUAGUUACUUUGAAAGAAUGAAACUAGCGGAUAUCGUAGGCACUUUAAUCAAUUGGCAGUCCUGGGCUCAUUUGCUGAGAGCAAAACCAUUUUCCGAACAGGCACAACUUCUAUCAAUAUCCAACUGUUUGAAACUUUGCCUUUAGUCAACUUUCAUGGGAAGGAAUUACUUCUCUGAGAUCAGACAUUUCCUGCUAGAGGAAUUUGACUCAUCGGCAGCAUCUGUCUUCUAUGAGAGACAUUGUGGAAGAAUUAAACAUUGCUGUCCUCAUGCCUGCGAGGGAACUAAGUGUCAGUUUUGGCUAUCAAUGCAAUACCACUAGCUACACUAGCUCGGUGAGCAUCAAUGAUGAAUUCGAUGCUUCGGAAAGUAUCAUGACCUGGAGUUCUGCCAUGAAGAUGAGGAAUGGCUCCUUUUCUUGUUUGUCUGGUGCUGCUCUGAGUGCCAAUGCAACUUUAGCCAACACAAGAAUCUGCAAUGGCAUCAUAGGAGAGGAAAUCUUGCCUAGCAUUGACUCUCCAAAAUCAUUUAGAAGAUUGCCAUCUUCUCCUUCCCUAUCUCGGUUGGACCUUGUAUCAUCGUCCUUCACUAAUAGCAUUACUCCCUUGGUUGGGAAUGGAUCACCAGACUCUGAGAUUGUCGAGAAUGAGACGAACCUUUGUCAGUCUAAGAGUGCUCUCACUAGGACAGAGUCCUCGAGCUUUCUUAAUGCGAUGGAUGUACAAACGGCAGGAGGGGCUGCAGGUGAGGAUAGAGUCCAGGCUGUGUGCUCAGAAGAAAAUGGGUGGCUCUUUUGUGGAAUAUAUGAUGGAUUUAAUGGGCGUGACGCUGCCGAUUUCUUAGCGGGGACACUUUAUGACAGAAUCGCUUCUUCUCUGCAUAAUCUGGAAUGGCGGACAAUGAAGCUACAUAGGUCAUGUGAAGGUAGUUCACUGCAUCAACUUUCUGAAAGUAUUUCAUUAGAGCAUGGCAAUGUCAAUAACGACAUUUCCUUGACCUCUGAACCAUACACUUUAAGUGUGGCAGAUAGAGAAAUUGACCCUUUUCAGUCUUUUGAUGAUGCAUCCACACAUGAGACUUUUCGCCAUGGGGUGAUAAAUUGUCUCGAUGAUGCUGUUGCUCAAGCAGAAAGUGAUUUCCUGUACAUGGUCGAACGGGAAAUGGAAGACCGGCCUGACCUGGUAUCUGUUGGAUCAUGUGUGUUGGUGGCGCUUCUCCACAUGAAUGACAUUUAUCUUCUAAAUUUAGGAGACAGCAGGGCUAUAUUGGCGACAAGUGAUGGCAUGCAGGCCGGUGCUUUGAAGACAAUUCAGCUGACGGAAACUCAUACUGUGGAUAAUGAGUCGGAGAAGAAGAAGCUCUUGGAGGAUCACCCUGACGAUCCUCGUCCUAUUGUAAAUGGAAGAGUGAAGGGGAAACUAAAGGUUACUCGAGCAUUUGGAGUCGGUUACCUCAAAGAGAGCAAAAUGAAUGAUAUGUUGAUGGGCAUACUCCGUGUUCAGAAUUUACGGAGCCCUCCUUAUGUUUAUUCCCAUCCCUUCACAAUGAGCCAUAGAGUGUCGGAGAAUGAUCACUUUGUUGUUCUGGGAAGUGAUGGGCUUUUUGACUUCUUCAGUAAUGAUGAGGUUGUGCGGCUUGUUCAUUUCUUCAUCCAGCAUAAUCCUGUUGGUGAUCCUGCGAAGCACCUCAUUGAACAGCUUGUUCAAAGAGCAGCCAAUAAUGCAGGUUUUAGUGCUGAUGAGCUCUUGAAUAUUCCUGCGGGACGGAGAAGGAAGUAUCACGAUGAUGUGACAGUUAUAGUAAUCAUCCUUGGCAAUAAGCAGCGGACAUCUACUGCAUCAACAUCCCUGCAGCAACCGUCGUACUCACUUCUCAUGUUAUCCAAAUAAAAAAGGAUGAGCCAAUAAGAGAUUCGGCUUUAGACCAUUAAGAUUUCUCAACAUAAUAUUUGUAGUCUGUAUGCCAUUAAAAAGGAUUUCAUGGGUUGAGUGUUAACCUGUCACCAUUUUGAUGCAACCAAUUGUGCUAGAACUGAACUUUUUGAUGUCUUGCAAUCAUAUGGUUAUUUGAUACCA